GGUCCUGUGCAGAUGCCAGGAUGGAUGCCCAGGGCUGGACUCCUGCUACUGCCCCUUCUCCUCUGCUUCGGGCCAGAGACCGCCGGGAGCAUCGACCCGGCCGCGCUCAAAGCCAUCGUGGAUCACGUCCACCAGUAUCGCCCUUCCCCCCCCAUCAUUCAGUAUGCAGUGGCCAUCUCCUUGCCGCAGUCCAUGUGCAACAGCAUCAGCCCAAGUGAGCUGAAGGAGCACCUGCCCGUGGCCGAGCUCCAGGCGAUGAAAUCCAAACUGGAGACGGACAUUCUGUACGAGGGGGAUCACGUCGUCGCCGCCAAACCUGAGAAAAGUGGCAACCACUACCUGCACUCUGAGUGGCUGAUGCUCAGCCUGGACCAGAAUGGGGUGAGUCCCGUCUCCCGCCUCCUGGACAAGUCCCGGGGCCAGACCAAGUGCCAGGAAACCCGCGCCUUGGAUGAAAUGCAUGGCAACAACCGCUACCCCACGUCGUUUCCAAACAACCCGUGCGGCUGGAACCGUUGCUUCGUCUUCUUCACCUAUUACGCCCCCUGCCUGAGAACCUGCCUCAGCUUGAAGGACGACCACCGCAUCCAGGAACUCAUGGACGGGAUCUUCAGCGCCAUAGAUGAAGACCAUCGCGCCUUGGCCUUCCAGGAGGUUUUCGAUCAGGACAUAAAUCGGGGGAAGCAGAUUGUAUGGAACUCAUGGCAAAUGCUCUGUAACAUGCCCAUAUACCAGUGCGAUGACCAGGGCUGCCAGAGCUGCGAGGAGAAGGACGUCAACAAGAACUCCUGCCUAACAGCAGUGAAAAACCCAGCCACGCCAGCCCCGAAGACAGCCCAUGAGUGAGGGCAUGAAGGUGGGAGGAGAAUGUAAGCUGCAAUGCAAUCAAUCAACAACCAACCCAUCCCUCCGUCAACCCAUCCAUCCAUCUGUCCUUCAACCUAUCCAUCCAUGAACCCAUCCGUCCAUCAACCCGUCUACCUGUCAACCCAUCCAUCAACCC